GGGGGAGAUUGUGCGUGUGUGAAAAAGAUCGAAAUUUUAUAAUAUUGGCAGGGGUCGAAUUCCAGCAUUAUCAGUGGCAGGACUGUACAAUAUCUGGCGUGAAAUCUUCUUCGUCACUUUUGCGGUACAGAAGUGACGCAAGUGGGCCAAACGAUUCUGUUUACACCACUGUUGAGGCCAGACUCUGUGCGUCGAUGACGGCAUGACCUGAGUGUGGUGGAGUGCGGGUUGGUGGGGCCAAAAAAUUCAAGAUUCAAGACUUGAGAAAUCUGUUCGUUCGCCUGAAACUGAGUUGUAAUAAAAGCUCCGGCUGCUGGAUGGCGCAAGAAGUGUGAAAGAUAACACUCGAUAACAAAAGUUGAGCCGGCGCGCGGUCAGCGACGUCGACGCCCAGUCAGUCAGUCACUGGCUGUCCUGUGAUUAAUCCCAGCUCUCCCCCGCAGUCGGGUGGAGCUAUUUUAAAUACUCGUGAUUUGCAGUGCAGUGCGGAGAUAUUUUCGCCGAUAGCCAAAUUCAAGUGCACUAAAAGGUUAUUCGGUCAAGCGGAGCAGAAGAAAGAAGAGUUUCAGUAAAAAGAAGAAUACAAAGUGGAGCAGCAGAAACAGAAGAAGUUAAAGAAGAAACAAAAUCACCGAAAAAGUCGUUUUGUAGUGGAAUACAAAAAAAACGUGUCCCGCCAAAAUGGAAGAAGAAAUGUUGGCCAGUGAUAACAACAACGACGCUGGUGGUGACGUCGAGCAGCAGCAAGAUGAAGGAGGUGAAACCGGUUUGUCACAGGACCGGACACCGGAAUGUUCCGGAGAAGAGGAACAGGAGCAGCAGCAGCAGGAGACGGCCGCGACCGCCGACGAUUACGAGCCAUGUGAUCCGUUAAUUGUUUUGAAUCUGUUUCAAUCGCUGUCGUCCACCACCAGCUCGCUCGAGCUGCAGAUCAAGAUUAACAAGCAUUUGCGCGAGCUCACCGGCUCACCGUGCGUCUUCCUGGUGCCGAUUCUCAACUCCAGCGAGGAAGGUCUCAUCCAGGUUAUCAACGAUAACGUGCUCGAUAAGGAGCUCCGUUUUUCGAUCAACUCCUCACAUUUGAAAAAUGCUUCCCAACAGAACGGAUAUCCGUUCGUCAUAGAGGACCUGAACAAAGACUUUUCCGAGGUGAUCGAAAUGGUGGUGGGCAACAAGCACAAUACUCUUAUCUUCGAUAUUAAAAGCUCCCGAGUCAGUAAACUUCAGACGCAGAUUUCCACGACGUCGGCGUCUUCCCUGACCUCGCUGCCGACGUUGGCGUCACUGGAUGGCAGCACCACCACCAUCACCAACAAUGCUCAACAACAGCCGCAGUGCAACACCAACGGCACUAGCAACAACAACUGUAAUAAUCAUUCCCACCCACAGCAGCAGCAGCAAAUUGCUUUGUUCGUGUGUAUCGCCGGCGACAAUGAAUCCCGAUCAAGAUACCAAUUCUACAUCGAGGACACCUUCAGAUACGUUCUCGGCCACUUGCUGACCGCCUUCGAGCUGUUCGAGGAAAAGCGGGUCCGAUAUCAGUGUCAGAACCUGCUGCAGGUGGCCCGCCGGUUGCUGUGCAAUAUCGGUGACUUGGGCCAGCUGCUGCGGGGCGUUAUGACAGAAGCCAAAGAACUUACCACGGCGGAACGGUGUUCGCUCUUCCUGUUGGACAAGGCUACCGGCGAGCUGGUGUCGAAGGUGUUUGACGGUAACGAGGCGUCCAAGGAGAUCCGGAUCGAGAGCGGCAAGGGCAUCGCCGGAUACGUGGCACAAACGGGCAAGCUGCUAAACAUCCGGAACGCUUACCAGCACCCGCUGUUCUACAAGGGCGUUGACGAGUCGACGGGCUUCAAGACGCGGAACAUCCUCUGUUUUCCCAUUUGCGACGAGCAGGGCGUCAUCGGAGUGGCGCAGCUGUGCAACAAGAUUAACGGCUUCCACUUUGACAAGUGCGACGAGGAGGUGGCGACCGCGUUCUCCGUGUACUGCGGCAUCAGCAUUAUGCACGCGCUCGUCCACAAACAGGUCCAGAAGGCGGAGGCCCGCUACAAGCUGUCCCAGGAGCUGCUGCUGUAUCAUAUGAAGGUUCCGGACACCGAAAUCCAGCAUGUCCUCGAGGGGGUCAACACGAGCGAAACGGACCAGCUGCUGGUGGAAUUCCCAAGGUUCGAUUUUUGCCCGCGGGACGUACGGAACUAUGCCCUGUCGGUGCAGCUCUCGAUGAAGAUGUUUUACGAUCUGAACUUUAUUACUACGUUUCAAAUCCCCGAGGAUAAGCUGGCACGGUUCAUUCUGCUGGUGCAGCGAGGCUAUCGGGACACGCCGUAUCAUAAUUGGUGGCACGCGUUUUCGGUGGCCCACUUUGCGUACUCGUUGAUGACCAAUUUGCAGCUGAUUGAAAAGGGAAUCAUCACUAAAAUGCAAGGCUUUUCGUUCCUCAUUGCUGCCUUCUGUCACGACCUGGACCAUCGGGGCACGAGCAACACGUACCAGACGCAGUCGAGCAGUCCGUUGGCCCGGUUGUACAGCAGCGAGGGUAGCGUCAACGAGAGGCACCACCUGUCGCAGGCGAUCUGCAUCCUGAACGACUCGAGCAGCAAAAUUCUGGACGGGCUGUCCACCGAGGAGUUCAAGGAGUGCAUCGACUACCUGCGCGAUCUCAUCCUGGCGACGGAUCUGGCCAAUCACUUCCGCAUUUUGCCGCACCUGAAGCGGCUGCGGUCGGAGAACCUGGUGGAGCCGGCUAACCAGCGAUUGCUGCUGUCGCUGAUGAUUACGUGCUGCGAUUUGAGCGAUCAGAUCAAGUCGUGGAAAACGGUGCAGCAUGUGGCGCACCUGGUCUACGCCGAGUUCUUCAACGAGGGCGACCUGGAGAAGCAGAUGGGCCUUCAUCCGAACGCCAUGAUGGACCGCAAGAAGGCGUGCAUUCCGGUGCUGCAGAUCGAGUUCCUAACGACGGUGGUGCGGCCCACGUUCGAGAUGCUGGUGACGAUCUUCCCGCAGACGGACGCGUUCCUCGCGACCAUCGACAGCAACCGGCACCAGUGGGAGGAGGUCAAGGAGUCGACGAGCGGUGCGUGCAGCGGCGGAAGCGAGUGCUGCGAGUUCCAGGGUGGGCAGGAGGAAUGUGCUGUGCCAGCGGAGGAUGAUGGUGGCAGUGCGCAGGAGGGUUAGUGAGGAGGUUUGCGGUGAGAAGGAGAGGAAGCUUCAUGAUGCUAGUGAUUAGUCUUAGUUGGGGGGCGAGUGAGUGUUUUUUUUUAUUUAUUUUUUUAGGAUUUAGAAAAUACUUGUUAUGAAAUUUUUAGAAACUUUUCACCUUUCACAUGUUUUUUAGGGCGUACUGUUUGCUGGCAAACGAUAGUAAUAUUCAAAGAAAUCAGUCACAUCGAAUCUUGUAAGCUAGACUUUUCCGAGGUCAUUGAAUGGUGUUGCUCUUCAGCAAUAAAGAACCUAUUUUUUAAAUCGGCACAAAUUUAAUGUGAGAUAUAAUUAAGUAAACAAAACUACGAAUAGCACAAUGUGACAAUACAAAAUAAUUUGAUAAUUUCUUGUACUGCCACUCUAAUUGAGUCCGUCCCAUAUGUAAAAACAAAAAGCAGAGAAAAACGCAAGGCAAAUUUGUCCCGCCCAUAAGGUUACGUGUUAGAAUUUCACGAAAAAGUGAAUUCUCUACGGUUUGUUGGGACAAAGUACUAAAGUCGAUUGGUUUUCCGAUAGUUCACAUGAUUUCGAACCAAACUGCAUCAUUACCUCAAAAUUGACGAAUUUACACAUGUGACGGACUUGAUUUGAGCGGGAGGGUAGGGUUCUUGUAACAUUGCUACUAGUCUUCAUAAAAUUUUGAGGAACACUCAACGAAAUGCUAUAUGAAUAUUAAUGCAAUUGAUUCUAGAACAGCGAGAGUUCCUUUUUUAUAAAUAUAAAUUUAAUUUCAUUGUUUUCGAACAGAUUUUUUUUAAAUCCAACUUUUGAAAAUUGAAAUUAUGUUAUAAUUUCAUCUCUACUCAAUUUGGUUUUUAAAUUCUUUAUUCGAUUUUUUUUGUGUUUUUUUUAAUGGUUAGGCUUAAAAUUUUCUCGGAUUUUAAUACGGAGAUAAUUUUAUUUCCUGUUAAUGAAAAAUUUAUUAUAUUGUUUUUACUUAUAAUAACAUACUUAUAUCUUUGUUGAAGAUACAAAAUUAUCUUAUCAUCCGCAAGUCUGUUAUCAACAAAAAGAUUUUUUAUUCAUUCAUAUCAUUUUGUAUGUGAGCAAUUCUCUAAGAAAUCGGCCAACCUUCUGCGUUUUUUUGAUUUGGCUCAAACUUUUUGGGGGACUUUGAAUUUGCAAUUGAAAAGUACUUUGCAGAAAUUUCGAUAAAGUGCAGCGUUUCUGAGGUAUCAAAAUUUUAUUUUAAAUCAAAACUUUUAUUUUUUCUUUUUUGUUUCAAGUGCCCAUGAGUGACCAGUUUUGAAAAUAUUUUUUUCGUAAAUUUCAGACAAUUUCCUACACUUUCGGCUAAGAAACGUUGUAGAUUAGAUCAAAUAUUUAAUAUUUCGUCUUUUUAAAAUGUAAGUCUUGAUUCCAAAAUCAUAAAAAUAUUUUUUAAUCAAACUUGAAAAAUUGUUUUGUUGUUUGUUUUGUUUUUGUUGAAAAUUCGAUUUAACAUUUAAAACUAAGGUUAAAAACAGUCGGCUGAGAUUUCUUUUCAACAACAAAAUCAUAACUCAGCGGCAACGUUUUUGG